AGGGGUGAAAGAGGGAUUUACUGGGUCAAACUUAUACUAAACUACCCCCACCACCGAAGGGAAAGUCAGAAGGAAAAGUGCUGCGACCAAGAAAAAAAAAAAAAAAAAAAAACACCAGACAAAGCGGUGAGGAAACGAUGAACACUGAAAAGCCAGUUGUGCUGUGAUUUACGUCUAAAAGAAAGGUGAACUGAAGCUGGAGAGAGAAGCACAAUGUCACGCUCAGAUGAGGUCAACAAGAUGACAGAAAAUGUCUACAAGGGCAUUCUGGACCAGUUUAACCCCAGUCUGAAGAAUUUUGUCACGAUGGGGAAACACUAUGAAAAGGCUCUGACGGGCGUCACAGUCGCAGCUAAAGGAUACUUUGACGCUCUGGUGAAACUAGGAGAGCUGGCCAGUGACAGCCAGGGCUCAAAAGAACUGGGCGACACAUUAUUCCAGAUGGCAGAGGUUCAUCGGCAGAUCCAGGUCCAACUAGAGGAUGUGCUGAAGCUGUUUCAUUCAGAGCUGCUGUCUCAACUGGAGCAGAAACUGGAGUUAGACAUCAAAUAUCUCACCUCAACGCUGAAGAAGUACCAGAGUGAGAGGAAGUCAAAGGUUGAGUCCAUUGAGCGCUGCCAAUCACAGCUCAAGAAACUGCGGAGGAAGAGUCAAGCUAGUCGUCAUCCCAACAAGUAUGGAGACAGAGAGAUGCAGUAUGUGGAGCUGAUGAGUCGCCGGCAGGGAGAGUUGGACUCUUUAGUUGCCGUUGGUUACCGCUCUGCUCUGACAGAAGAAAGGCGGCGCUAUUGUUUUCUGGUGGACCGUCAAUGUUCAGUCACCAAGAUCCUCGUCAACUACCACUGCAAGGUGAGAGAGCUGUUGUCUCAGAAGCUGACAUCAUGGCAACAGUCAUGUGCCCAGCCAACCAAACUACCAGAACGAGCCCUGAACCUGUUGCGUCACACUGCCCCCCAGAGCUCUGGAGGAGCUGGACUAGCGGAGGUCCUGCGGAACGCUAAACUGGGAAUCUCUCAACCUGGAGAACAAAGGCUGUCUAUUCAGGAAGUCCCACCUCUGUCGAACGGUGACAGCAGCAACCGUUCUCAGCAACAGCAGCGGUCGUCCCAGUCUGACAUUCUCUCCCAGUCUUUCGUCGGCAACACGUCUCAGCAAAAUGGGAAUGCCCACUCCAGUUCUUCCACUAGCCUUGCCCACUCCCAGCCAGCAGUGAGCGUGGCCGGGUUACAGACUUCUCUCUCGGUUAGCCACACCUCCGCAUCCUCCCACGGUUCCCUGCAGGGCCUGACUCCACCUCUAACGGCCCCCCACAGCCCUCCGCUCCCCCACAGCGCCCCUAUGUCCCGCGCACUCACACCUGUCCUGUCCACAGCCCAUCACGCAGUGUCCAGCUCUCCCAGUGCUCCUAAUGUGCUGAAGGGUCCAGAGCUCUACGGCACAUCCACACUGCCACUGCCGAGGAGACAGAGUAGCGACGCUCGGACGGGAUUCUUGGGCUCCACUCUUCCCCGUGUGCUGCCUCUCUGUGGGCCGUCCCGUGUGGAGGCUCUGUUCCCUCACUCCACAGACUCCUCGGAGGGAGAGAAGGGAGGAGCUUCAUGUCUGCUGUCCUUCCUGCCCGGAGACACUCUUUCCCUGCUGAUCAGUGAACCCAGAGACGGCUGGCACUACGGCCAGAACGAGCGAACUGGACGAAAAGGCUGGUUUCCCGUCUCCUACACGCAGACUUAUCCAGACACUCCGGGACAAGACGUCAGCGCUCUUCCCCUGUCGAAGGUGAACAGCACCAGCAUGGGGCAGCUGGACAGGCUUCCUCCCGCUGGUCAGCUACAGCAGGCCUCUCCUGACUCAGAGGACGAGAGGAGUGUCUUAUCUCAGCGGGUCAGCACCUUCAGACCACGACCCUACAGCAUGAUGAACCCCGAAACCAGCAGGAUGAGCCCACGACUGCGCCUGAAGGACAUGAUGUCCAGCGAUUUCACCUCUCCACCGCCAUCACCCACCAGGAUCAAUCCCUUCGCCCAUAUUCGACUCAGGAAGACGGUGACCAAUGAUCGCUCCGCCCCGGUAAUAUAACAGAGCCUUUGAUUGACAACCACAGAUGCUGACUGGAAUAAGGUCACUGAUGCUUAAUGCUUUGAACCUUUGAUAUGCAACACUUUUGCCAACAGAAACACAUUUAGACAGUAACCAAUAGGAUUAAAGUGCAGAUAAAUGAUAAAUUAGCAUUUAGGACAUCAAAUGAAUAUUAUAUAUGUAUUACAUUAUAAGAUAAUGAAAUAUUUGAAGGGUUUUUAUGUUAUUUGGUAUGAGUGCACAUGGAAUAGAGAGGGGGAAAUCUGAUCUAUAACAUUUGAAUUCAUGUUAUGGAUGACAGUGUUUUAAAAGCAUGUCUUUUUAUGUGUGUGUUACAAUACAGCAUCACAUUAGUUUAGAACAGCAAUUAACUCACGUUUACAAUAAGCUGUUUAAAACAUGCUUUCACUCGAUCAUUUUUGAGCAUCUAGACGCUCUGUUAUCAAACAUAUCUCAGAGUAUGCAUUUAUUUUUAAUCAUUUUAACUGUCUUAGACUUCUUAGAUUUCUCAUCCUGUUGUCCCCUCUAUAGGCCAUGGUCAAGCUUAAAGGAAUAGUUGACUUAAAAACAUACUCACCCUCAAGUUAUUACAAACCUGUAUGAAUGUCUUUCUUCUGCUGAACACAAAGGAAGAUAUUUUGAAGAAUGUCAUUUUUCAUUGUUAAAAUUGUCAUCUUUAAGCGGCAUGGCAGAACAUCAAAGUCGACUAGUCUGCGCAACCCUUAAUACAUAUAAAGGAAUAGUUCAUCUAAAUGUAAAUUCUGUCAUUGUUUACUCACUGCCAUGUCUUUUAAAGGGAUAGUUCA